CUCUACGUCACCUGGAGGCGUGGUCUCCCCUAGUCGUGCGACUAGUGUCAUGGCCUCCUGGACUAGCGGGAUCCAGGCCGUGCUGCUGGACGUUAGCGGUGUCCUGUAUGACAGCGGUGGCCCGGCGGGGGGAGCCGCCAUCCCCGGCUCCAUAGAGGCAGUGACAAGGAUCCGGCAAGCUGGGUUGAAGUUGCGGUUCUGCACCAAUGAGUCACAGGCCACACGGAGUCAAUUCGUCCGUAAACUCCAGAAAUUUGGGUUCAAAAUAUCUGAAGAUGAAGUCACUGCUCCGGGCCCUGCUGCAAGAAAUUUAAUGCAGGAACGGAGAUUGCGUCCUCACUUGUUGGUCCAUGAUGACCUUCUGCCUGAGUUUGAGUCCACUGAUAAAUCUGAACCCAACUGUGUUGUACUUGGAGAUGCAGCAGAGAACUUCUCUUACCAGAACCUGAACAAAGCAUUUCAAGUGCUGCUUGGCCUGCAGACACCAGUUCUCAUAUCUCUAGGAAAGGGACGUUACUAUAAAGAAACUGAUGGCCUGAAGUUAGACGUAGGGGCGUACAUGAAAGCCCUAGAGUACGCCUGUGAUAUCACCGCCGAGGUGGUGGGAAAGCCGUCUAAGAACUUCUUCAUGUCUGCGCUGACAGAGAUGGGAGUGCAGCCGCAUGAGGCUGUCAUGAUUGGGGACGAUGUGGUUAAUGACAUCGGAGGAGCACAAAGCUGUGGUAUCCGAGCCGUGCUCGUCAGAACAGGGAAGUACAGACCUAGUGAUGAGAACCACCCUCAAGUGACUGCGGAUGGAUGUGUGGAUAAUUUAGCCCAGGCAGUGGAUGUCCUACUGGCUUCUAGGAUCACUGACCAGUAACCUCACGCCGUCCUCCUACAGCAAUCCCCUUUACAGCAGAAGUGCCUUGAAGCGUGUCACUCCUAUACAUAAAGCAGUGUACUGUAACUGUUAGAGGGUAAAUGCAUUGAGCUAUAGAAAUGGAAUGUAACGGACGAGAGUUUGUCUUUCUGUUGAGAAUAACAUUUGUUUUCCCCGGAAUCCACCUCUUCUUCUGUGAGAUUGUGUGAUAUUAAACUGACACAUACUACGGACUGAUAUAAUAAUUUUUGAGCUAUUAAUAUUUUGUAAGAUCUACCUUUUCUCAGGUGUUGCUAAGAUCAUUGCUGUAUGUCUUGUUUAUGGGGUUUAUUAACUGAAUAUUAAACCUCAAACUGUAAUUCUC